AAGUCACAACUCUCACAAGUCUCACAUUUGCGUUCUCUCGCCUGUCGCCGCACUUCCUCAGCCGUCGCCGCCUAACUCCGACACACUUCGGCGGUACCGUCGAUUCCGACUCGCCUUCGACCCUCCCCGGCUACCGUUCUCCGUUCGAACUCGAAACAUUUGCAAGGCAAAAGAAACUCUAUUUUGCUCCUAAUUCCAAAAUAUGGACAUUGAUUCUAAAGCACCUGAAGAGGAUGAGGUUACCAUGGAAACUGAAAGCAGGGGCAAGGAGAAGGUCGACAUUUCCACUUCAAUGGAAAAUCUUCAAAUCGAGAAGCCAUCAAAUUUUAACCGGAAGCCUGUUAUCAUCAUUGUGGUAGGAAUGGCAGGUAGUGGAAAAACUACAUUUCUCCACCGCCUUGUUUGUCACACAAUGGCUUCUAAUAUUCGUGGUUAUGUAAUGAACCUUGACCCCGCUGUGAUGACCCUUCCAUUUGGAGCAAAUAUUGACAUAAGAGACACUGUUCGCUACAAGGAGGUCAUGAAGCAAUUCAAUCUUGGUCCUAAUGGAGGAAUCCUUACUUCCCUGAACUUGUUUGCUACGAAGUUUGAUGAGGUAAUAUCAACUAUAGAGAAACGAGCAGAUGAACUGGACUAUGUUCUCGUUGACACACCUGGCCAGAUAGAGAUUUUCACAUGGUCUGCUUCUGGUGCAAUUAUCACAGAAGCUUUUGCAUCUACCUUUCCCACUGUGGUUACAUAUGUGGUCGACACACCACGUUCUUCGAAUCCAGCUACCUUUAUGAGUAACAUGCUUUAUGCAUGCAGUAUCCUCUACAAGACACGACUGCCUCUUGUAUUGGCUUUCAACAAAACAGAUGUAGCACAUCAUCAAUUUGCUUUGGAGUGGAUGGAGGAUUUUGAAGCAUUUCAUGCAACACUUGACUCGGACAGCUCUUACACUUCGACCUUGACACGAAGCCUAUCCCUUUCACUGGAAGAGUUCUACAAGAAUCUCAAAUCUGUCGGAGUCUCUGCAGUUUCAGGUGCUGGGGUGGAUGCAUUCUUCAAGGCCAUCGAUGCAAGUGCAGAGGAGUACAUGGAAACCUACAAGGCGGAACUCGACAAGAGGCGGGCCGAGAAGCAACGUUUGGAGGAAGAGCGCAGGCGGGAGAACAUGGAGAAGCUGAGGAGCGACAUGGAGAAUUCCAGGGGAGGGACUGUGGUCUUGAACGCCGGUUUGAAGGGCAAACAAGCGAAAAGUGGGGCUGCCAUGAUGGAAGACGCGGAUGAUGAUGAGGAUGAUGACGUGGAUGAGGAUUUUGACAGACUCAACGAGGACAACGAUGACGAGGAUGAUGACAUCAGAAGUGACGACGACGAAGAAGUUGGAAAUUUUGCGUUCUGAUAAUGUGACGCGAUCGGUUUUCCUUGGGAACAACGACACCCGGUGUGUAUAUUUCUGGAGAAGAUUGUGAAAGUAUAUAUGGCAACUUUGCCAUUGUUCUUUUCCCAUUUUAACUUGGAAUAUUGAAGUGUCUCCAUGUUAUUCAAGUGUGACAAAACUGGGCUCAUACACUUGCAGAUGGGUGUUUCUCUUAAUGCUAGUUUAAAAAUUUGCUACUUAGAAACGAAAAAAAAAUCAAUGUGCAUUUCUUUUGGGAAAAAAUGGAUUAAUUAGGGACGUAUUUAACAAAAUUAAGAUAUUUUU